AGGGCUGGAGAAGAGGCUGGACGGGAGGCUGUGGGGGCCCGAAUCCUUCCGCCCCCCCGGGGGGGAGCAGGAGGUGGAGGCGGUGGACCUGCGGGCGCAGCAGCGGCGCGUCAGGAUGGGCAGCGGGCGCUUUUGGGACGGCUUCGCCGCCAGCGCGACCUGCCCGGUGCUGGAGCAAGGCACUGGGGACGUGUUGAAGCUGGAGAGUGGCUUCGGGGACAUGCAGCUGUGCCGGGCCACCAACCUGAGCGCCAGCCUGCCUCUGCCCGAGUACUGCGGCCCCCACGGCCGCCUCAACCUGGCCUCCUACCUGCGGGGCGAGCGGGGCCGCCGCUGGCUGCGCCCCCGCGUGUGCGCCGCGUACGGCGUGCGUCCCCAGGAUGGCAGCGUCGGCACCAAGAACCUGACGGUGGAGGCAGCCGACACCAUCAGCGUCCUGGUGCACGCCGCGGCACGGCACGAGCCGCUGCUGCACGCCGAGGCUGACGGCAUGGACGAGCUGCUGCAGGAGAGGCUGCGGGGUGGCGGCAGCCGGCCCGGCGCCCUGUGGCACAUCUUCCGCGCCGAGGACGCCGGCCGCAUCCAGGAUUUCCUGCACAAGGUGGACCAAGGGCAAGGGGGGGCGGCAGAGGACCCCCCCGGGCGUUACCUGGACUUGGAGCUGCGGCGGCGGCUGCGGGAGGAGUGCGGGGUGAGCGGCUGGACCCUGCUGCAGUGCCUGGGGGACGCGGUGCUGGUCCCCGCUGGGGCUCCGCACCAGGUGCAGAACCUCACCAGCACCAUCACCGUGGAGCAGCGGUUCCUGUCCCCGGAGAGCGCUGCCCACCUCGGGGACCACGGCGCCGGGCCCCCGGGGGCCGCACGCUGGCUCCGGGCUCAGCUGGACGGCAUGAUCCUGGCCGCCGUGCGGGAGGCCGUGGGUGUCCUGCAGGGCUGCAGGUGAGGCGGUGGCACGGCACCAGGACGCCGGGACAAAAGCAGCGCCGUGCCCGUCCCCAGCUGCGCCGCCGGGCGCUGCUUGCUUGGUGCUUUGCUCUGCCAGGAAUAAAGAAAGGGGCGGCUGCGCCGCCAGCUCCUGCC